CCGGGAUGUCCAAAAGGCCCCGCUCCCAGUUAGAGCAAGACAUCCCAGGAGGUGUCCGCCGUGAGACACGCCCGCAGCCACCGCAGCUGUUCCGCAGUGGUGACCGAAUGGCGGUUUGUGACCACAGUCUCCCGCCCCAGGAGCAUGGGAGUCCUGUGGUGGUGAAUGAAGUGCCAGAGGCGGCCGAGAACUACAGGAAGUUAUUCCAGGAGAUGUUGGACACAUUGAAGGAGAAACUUGAGGCAGCUAAAAUCAUGCUGGCUGAUGAGCAAGAAAGAAUGGUGAUGAUGCAGAAAGAGGAGCAGAAUUUUAAAGAAAUGAUUGAGUCUGAAUAUAGCAUAAGGAUCCGGUUGAUGACUGAAGAAAAUGAGAUGAACUUGCGAAGCCUGCAAGUCAGAUUCAACCUGGAUUUGAGACAAACCAGUCAGAACCAACUGAUGGAAUUUUCCACAAAGCUAAAGGAGAAGUUCCAGGAAACACUACAGAGACUGAACCUUGUGGGGAGAGAGAACAUGAAGAAACUAAAGGAGAGUGAAAUCAGGCUUUCUGAACAGAUCUGUAGCCUCCAGCAGAUCACCGUGGCGCUCGAGGAGAAGUGUAGGCAGCCCGCCUCAGUGUUGCUCCAGAAUGCAAAAUAUGCUUUGGAAAGGAGUGAGUUACUACUGCAUCAGUUUUUACAGCCCGCCCAAAUCACAGACCUGAGUUUGUGCCAAAUAACAGGAAUGAGCAAAAUGCUCAAAGUGCUGCAAAGACCUAUAACUUUGGACCCUAAAACAGCUCAUCCCUAUCUGGUCCUGUCCGAGGAUCUAAGAAGUGUGAGACUUAGAAACGUGCGGCGCGGGGUACCCGGUCACCCUGAGAGAUUUGACUUCAGCGCCACCGUGUUGGGUGUGCAGAGCUUCACCUCGGGGCGGCACUACUGGGAGGUGGACGUGGGCAAGGCGGCGCAGUGGCAGCUGGGCGUGUAUAGGAGCUCCACCGUCAGAAGCAGUUCCGGAAAUAAGGUCUUACUCACAGGCUCUCUCAUGGGAACUGAUCACACCUUCUGGGCUUUUCCCCCUUUCAAAAGGGUCUCCUUCAGAGAGCGAGUGCACAGAGUUGGAGUUUUCCUCGACUAUGAGUAUGCGCAGAUAUCAUUCUAUGAUGCCACAAAGAGCUCCCUCAUCUAUAAUUUCUCUUAUCUCGCCUUCCAGGGAGCUCUCAGGCCUAUAUUUUCUCUCAGUAUCUCCAGUGGAGGCGUGAAUUCAGACUCUCUGACUAUCUGCCUCCCUCACGUUUCUCCUUAUAAUGAUACUGUUGGCCCUCAGUCCUCUUCAAGGUGUGAAAUCUAAUAACCACGAGAGCCCAGAAUGUUACAAGCAUGACUUUGUAUAAAUAAUUUUACAAAGUAAGCCAGUAGAAGAUUUUUAGCACUUGAGUUGGAACCCAGUUGAACACCCCAGAGCUUUUGCAUUCAUGCAGUCCAUAGGCUCACAUAGAGUUGGACACGACUAAAGCAGCUUAGCACGAAGGCACAGCAUGGCUUUCAACACCCUUUUCGUGGAAGUGGUUGCAUUUAAGCUGAAUCAUGAAUGAUAAUAACUAAAGGACCCCAUGCUAAUUAGAACAGCAAGUGCCUAUGCAGCAUAAGAUUGGGAAAUUAGAGGAGAAAAUAGUCUGGGAUACUUAAGACUGGGUUAAGGACUCUUGAGAUUUCUGAAAACAGAAUUGGGUAUAAUCAAGACUUUAGAUUUGAGAAUGUCACCAAAGUGACAUGUGGAAUGGAGACAUCCUAUUCCUGAUGCUGUCAAAGAGUUCUAUCAUCAUUCCACAUGGAGGACAACUUAAUUUCCCCGGAUACAUUAUCUCGGUGGGGAGGAGGUAUUGCAGAAAAUGUGAGUAUUUCCAAGUUGUUUCAAGUAUUCUAUUUCUUUCUUAUAAGAAAAUUAAAUUUCUUAAAAGAAAUUAGACAGUUUGCUGCUUUGUAGUGGUGUUUUGUGUUUGCCUUCGUCUUUCUCUAUUUGAUCACCCACUGAAAAU